AUGAUCUUUUUAAAUUUUAUUUUGAAAAUUACAUUGAUUUGUUUAUUAAUCAUUGUAACUGGUUUAGUUUUUGGUGAAGAUACCAGACAUCCAAACAAGAAAAGUGUUUUACUCGUUAUAGAUGUGCAAAAUUGUUUUAUCGAAGAAGGUUCACUGGCAGUAAGUGGUGGCCGUUCUCUGGUGCCAUUCAUCAACCAUCUUUUACUCGAAUAUAGACCAUACUUUGAGGAGGUAAUUUUUACUAAAGAUUACCAUCCACGUGAUCAUGUGUCCUUUGCCUCACAGCAUUUUAAUAAAUCUGCUUUCCAGAAAAUAAAAAUAAAAUAUGAUGAGAACGAACAAACUUUGUGGCCAGAUCAUUGCAUCGAAAAUACUCAAGAUUCCGAAUUUCCAUCUGAUUUAAAUUUUGAUGCCAAUAAGGAUGUAGUUUUCAAAAAAGCAACAAAUAAAGAUAUCGACUCGUAUUCUGUUUUUAUGGAUAAUGGCCACAUAUCAAAAACUAAUUUAGACGAGAUGCUAAAAUCUAAACAAAUCAAGAAAAUUUUUAUGGUUGGUAUCGCAACUGAUUAUUGCGUCAAAAAUUCUGCAAUCGAUGCAAAAGAUCUAGGUAAUUUAUUAUUUUGA